GCCAUGGCGGGAAGUGAUCCGCGCUGCGGAGGCAGCUCUCAGCAGACGCCCCACAGUGACUGGAGUCGCCUAGAAGCCGCCAUCCUCAGCGGCUGGAGAACCUUCUGGCAGUCGGUGGGCAAGGAGAGGGCGGGACCGGCGGCUUCCCAGGAGGAAGCGGAUGAGGAGGCCAGCACCCUUAAAAGAUUGCCGAUUGAUGUACAACUGUAUAUUUUGUCAUUUCUUUCACCCCAUGAUCUGUGUCAGUUGGGAAGUACAAAUCAUUAUUGGAAUGAAACUGUCCGAGAUCCAAUUCUUUGGAGAUAUUUUCUAGUGCGAGAUCUUCCUUCUUGGCCUUCUGUUGAUUGGAAAUCGUUUCCAGAUCUAGAAAUCUUAAAAAAGCCUAUAUCUGAAGUCACUGAUGGAACAUUUUUUGACUAUAUGGCUGUCUAUAAAAUGUGUUGUCCACAUACAAGAAGACCCUUGAAAUCCAGCCGCCCUAUGUAUGGAGCUGUGACCUCUUUUUUGCACUCACUGAUCAUUCAUAAUGAACCAAGAUUUGCUAUGUUUGGACCAGGUUUGGAAGAACUGAAUACAUCUUUGGUGUUGAGCUUGAUGUCUUCCGAGGAACUUUGCCCAACAGCUGGUUUGCCUCAGAGACAGAUUGAUGGUAUUGGAUCAGGUGUCAAUUUCCAGUUGAGCAACCAACAUAAAUUCAAUAUCCUGAUAUUAUACUCAACUACUAGAAAAGAAAGAGAUAGAGCAAGAGAAGAGCAUACAAGUGCAGUAAAUAAGAUGUUCAGUCUACAGAAUGAAGGGAAUGAACAACAAGGCAGCCGAUACAGUGUGAUUCCACAAAUUCAGAAGGUGUGUGAAGUUGUAGAUGGGUUCAUCUAUGUUGCAAAUGCCGAAGCUCAUAAAAGACACGAAUGGCAAGAUGAGUUUUCUCAUAUUAUGGCAAUGACAGAUCCAGCUUUUGGAUCUUCAGGAAGACCAAUGCUGGUAUUAUCUUGUAUUUCUCAAGCGGAUGUGAAAAGAAUGCCCUGUUUUUAUUUGGCCCAUGAACUGCGUUUGAAUCUUUUAAACCACCCAUGGAUGGUUCAGGAUACGGAGGCUGAGACUCUAGCUGGUUUUUUGAAUGGCAUUCAGUGGAUUCUUGAAGAAGUGGAAUCAAAGCAUACAAAAUGAUCUUCCUUUUGGACCCUGGAAACUGAAACCAUUUGAAGCUUGUUACUAAGGUCCGGAUAUGGGUGGAUAUUUGCUUAGGUCAGCUCACUCUGUUCUGCCUUUGUGCAAGUGAGCAUCACAUUGGACAGCAAUAGCUGCUGUGUUUCCCAUAUUAGUUCCACCUUUUACCUUAAAUCAAUUACCAGAAAAAAUUUCAGUGCUAACAUUUAGUCCCAAAAUGAGCCUUCUAAAUUUUUUUGAUAAUUUUUGUAUUUUCUACCUUUUAGAAAUAGUAAAUUCUGGAAAAAA